AUGGCCGCCACACUUCAGUGGGAGCCAAAACUGGAUGGAGUUCCGGCUUCUGAGCUCAUGAAACCCAGUCGAGACUCAACUGCCGAGCAGCAGAUGAUGGAGAGAAUGUACAUCAUGUGCGCUGUUGAAAUGCUAGGAAAGUUAAAGGCUGCACAGUGCACCAAGCCGCAUUUCGAGCGAUACCGGACGUGGCUGGUCGAAGAGUAUGAGCGUUACAAGCAGCCGGGAGGUGUGCCUGUGGUGGCUGACUCAGCCGCCAUCGUCGCCAUGAGCAGCGACACACGUCGGAAGAGUAUCGAGGAAUGCUAUGAGAAGUCCAAGGGCACGCACAUGUGGCCCGUUAUGGAGGCUGCUUGGCGAGUGUACGUCAACAUGAUCGACAUUGUGGAGGGCCGUAUCAAGCUGCUCCGAGUGCUCAUGACGGACAAUCUGCUGCCGCAAUUCUACGAUUGGACAAACGAGCUGAGCGACCUCCGACUACUUUGGCGUGCCUUUGGCAUCAGCAAACCCCAGCUACGCGUCCUGGAGAUAGGAGCUGGUACAGGAGGCACUACAGCUCGAGUCCUAGAGGGAUUCAAGUCUGAGAGCGGGGAGCAGCUGUACGGUAGCUACACCUUCACUGAUGUGUCGGCCACCUUCUUUGACGCGGCUCGGAAGCGCUUUGGCAACCAUGACAACAUCGAAUACCGUGCACUCGAUAUCUCGCGAGAUCCGCUGCAACAAGGCUUUGAGGCGGGUGCGUAUGACCUUGUUAUUGCCUCCAACGUUUUGCAUGCGACACCAUGCUUGGUGGAAACGCUUCAAAACUGCCGCGCAAUGCUACAACCUGAAGGCUAUCUUUUCUUGCAAGAAAUGUCUCCGCCGGGAAGAUAUCCCGAUUUUGUCGUGGGCAUGUUUCCAGGCUGGUGGGCAGGCGACCCGGAUGGGCGCCCAGACGGACCGACUGUAAAGCCCAAGGAAUGGGAGAAUCGUUUGCAGCAAGCAGGAUUCGAAGGCCUCUAUGCCGUAGCCUACGACAACGACCCACCGUUGUAUUACAACGCUAAUAUGCUUGCUCGUCCCGCCGCCAGUAUCGAGUAG